AUUAUGAAAAAAAAAUGAAUUAAAAAAAAAUAAAUUUUCAACGCGUCGGUUGAGCGGCCAUUUUGUGAGCAAAAGGGACGCCGCCGACUUAUAUGACAAAAUCACACAAAAUUAUAAAAAAUUAUUAAAUAAAAUUAAUUGGAAAACGUUGAAAAUUUAUUUUUGUAAUGAAUAAAAUAAUAAAAAUGAGUAAUGAGUAUGAACUGUACCAGAUUAAUGAGAGAGAUCAAGAGCACCACAAAAACCCAGCCACCGUUAUUGAGCAUCUUCUACACACAGAAAAAAAAAGCGCAAAAACCAAAAAAAAAAUUUCAACACUCAAACGAACGUGAUUUCACCUCAAGAUAAAUUUCAGCACUGAUUCUCUUCUCCGCAACCCGCAAGUUUCUCUAGUGGCGCCGUACGAUCCCCACCACUGCAGCGGGUAUUGGUGGAAUCAAGCUCCCCACCACAAGAGCAACAAGAUGUUUUUGCGCAUGCUCAAUUAAAAUCAACAAGUCAAUAAUAAUAACAAUAACAACAAUUAUAAACAAACCUACAAAAUAUGGAUGAAUUGGGGUAUAAAUUAUCAUCAAAUAAUCCAGUUUUAAUAACACAUGGUAUAUCAAAAAUAUUGGAUGGAGCAAAAAAAAAAAUAACAAAUAAUGAAAAAAAUGGUGAUGUAUCAAAAAUAUCAGAAUUAGAUACAUUAUUUAUGAAAUGUAAAAGUGAUAAUUAUAUAACAAGUUCAGUUGCUUGUCAGGCAAUUGUAUCACUAGUCAACAAUGGAUUAUUAACAAUACCACAAACAUUAUCAAAAUUUGUUGCAAUACUUGGUGAAACUAAAAAUUAUUCAUCAUUAACAUCAGCAAUAUGUGAUUUGCUUGUGUUAAAUUUAAAAAUGCUUAAUUUUAAUGAUGAUUAUAAUUGUCCAUUUUCAAUAAAAGCACCACAACAUCCAUUGAUAACUGUUAUGAACUUAAAAAAUGAUGCAUGGAGAGAUAUAUUUGGUCAUAUGCAAACAAUGAUUCAUCAAUCAAAGCCAGAAUAUUUAAAACAUUAUGUUGAAUUACUGAGGCCUGUUUUUAUGUAUGUAUUGUGUAGUCCAACUGGACAAUUGUCAGAUAUAUGCAGACAACAAACAUGGCACUUGUUAAUUAAAACACCAGGCACAUUAAAUCUUCAAUUGAAUAUUUUACAAUGGCUACGAACAAAUGAUUCAAUAACAUGCAUCGAUACAAAUACGAGAAUUCUAGAAUUAGCUGAAUUUUUAGUAUCAAAUAAAAACAUUGAUUAUUGUACAGCAAUAAGUCCAAUGAUAAUGAGUACAGCUCUUGAACUUUUACGAUUAAAUUGUGAUUUUAAGCCAAACAUUGUUAUGAUGGAAGAUGUCAUUGAGCAUGUUGAUAAAGAUAUUGGUAGUUUAAUCAUGUGUCUUUUAACUGAAAUGGUACCAAUGAGUCCAAGUACUAAUUUGUUGGAUAUCAUAAAACUUGGCUCAAUGCUUUUUGAUAAAUUAAAUUGUGAUAAAUAUUCAGCUUACUCAUUGGUAGCAUCAAUUUUACCCUGGAUGGCAUAUGCAAAUAUUUUAUCAUCAGAAGCAUUGGACAUUGCAACAAACUUAAUUAACAAAAUAACAAAUAAAAAUGAUUGGAAUGAAUCAACACAUGAUUUUUCUACAAAUAAAAUUCACUCUGUACUUUGUCAUGCUCAUGAAAAUAUACAAUUUUAUACUGAUAUUUGUAUUUGUAUGAAUUUAUGGUCAACUGAUAAUUUUAUUGAAUGGCUAGAUAAAUUAUUUAAAUCUACAGAAAGCCAUAUUUACAAACAUAAAAUAAUUUUAUCUGGAAUUUUUCUAUACACAAAUAAUUUAGAAAUAUUAACAAAAACUGGAAAAAUAUUAUGUAAAAUUAUUAAAAAAUAUCCAAACUAUGCAAGUAGUGUAUUAUCACAAGUACUUUAUAAAUUAUCAAAUACACAACAAGUUGAUAAUACAAAUGAGCUGUUAUUUAUGAUACCAGAAAUGGUUGUCAGUAAAGAAAAUGUACCAAUUGUCAUUCAUACAUUGGAAGCACUUAUUGCAGCUGGUGAACCACUUAAGUAUCUUGCCAUUGAAUUGUAUUUAAAAGCAUGGAAAAUUGAACCACGUUGUCAUCGUCAUCUUCUUGCAGCUUUAAUUGACAUUAGUAAAAAUGAUACAACACUAAAAGGCAAUGUAACAUGUGCAAAUGCAAUGAAGUAUAUAUGUGAAAAUCGUUCAGAGCAUGGAGCUGAACUUGUGCCAUUAUUAUCAUUUAUAUUAAAUAAAUGUACUGAUACUGGUAAUAGUGGUGCAAGUGCACUUGCAUUACGUGGUAUAUCAGCUCUUUGUGUAUCAGGUGUUGCUGAUGUAUGUUCAACUUGGCAAGUAUUAUCACCAAAAAUGAAUAAAGAAGAAAGAUCAAUUGUCGUACAGAGUAUUUGUGAAUUUUUUAAAGAUAUUUCUGUUGAUACAAUUCAUUUGAAAGAAGAUCUUGAUAAAUUACUUCGUAUUGCAUUAACAAAACUUUGGGAAUAUGCAUUAUUUGAAACAACAAGAGACAUGGAUAUUGUUAAAUGUGCAUUUAAUGCAUUGUCAGCAUACACUGUUGAACAAAUGGAAUUAUCUGAUUUACCAGAUAAUUUUAAAAGUCAUUUAAAACCAUCAAAAUUAAUUACAAACAAAAAUACUGAUGGUAAAAAAAAACAAGUAGACAAAGAUGAUGAAGAAGAAGAAGAGGGCUUAUUAUAUAUUCCAAGUACAUGUUGGAUUACAAUGCUUCAAAUUAUUCAUGAACCAACUCGUAAAUUUGCUGGUGAUUUAAUUAUAAAAUUUAUCAGUGAUGAAUUGCACAGUUUUCGUUCAGGUAUUUACAUGUGGCCAAUGGGUGAACCAGUCAAUUUUAAAUAUCUUCCUGAAAAAUCAUUAGCAAAAGCUGUUGGUGAAUUUUUACGUAAAUAUGAAUAUCCAUCAUCUCCAGAAACUCAAAAAAUUGUUCUUGAGUGCCUUAGAAUAUAUUCUCACAAAUAUAUCAAACCAUUGCCACCAAUUAAAUUUGAAAUAUUUAAUUCAGCACUUAAAAUAUCAGACAAAGCUUGGAAUUAUGGUAUAACAAUUUCAUGUCAUCAAUCUGCAGUUAGUCAAUCAGCACGUGAAUUUCUCAGUAAUUAUAUUAAAGAAACAACAAAAAAUAUAUCAUCUGGAAAUGAAAACUUUGAUAAAGCUUGGCAAUUGUGUACACAUUUAGAAGAUAUUUGUCGUGGUGUUACAUCAAAUAUUGUCGGACCAUUUAUUGAAUUUACAACAAAUUAUAUUGUUGAUCGUGCUAUUGUUGAUAUUGAAAAUGGCAGUUGGAUGUUUGAAAUACUAAUGAAUAAUUAUUCAAAUGCUCUUAAAAAUGAUCUUGUUCAUCAUGACAAUGAAACUCUUCUUACAAAUAUUUUAGAAAAAUUAUUAGAUAAAAUUGAUAUUGAUAAUAAAAUAUUUAAAUAUUUAGUUAAAGCACUUGUUGAUUUACCAACAGAAGUUAUUGAAAGAAUAACUCUACCAAGUGUAUGGGAUGAUAUAACAAAUGAUAAAUUAAAAAAAUCAAUUAUUGUACGUGCUGGAUUGGUAUUAAAACGUGACAAUGAAAUACCAUUAAGUUGGAUGAAUGAAAUGGUACGAGCUGCAGUACCACUACCAGGUGUACAUAAAUGUUUUCUUGAAUGUAUGAAAAACAUACAAUCUGAAUUGAAACAUGAAAAAUCAAAUGUUCUUUGGUGUUGGGAUUUAAUGUGUCAAAUACAAGCAGCAAUUCACAAUACAUCUGACAACAAAUCAAUUGAAUCAGCAAAAUUUUUAUCUGAUUUAUUAUUUGUAACAAUAAUUUCUGAAGCAACUGAAAAUUGUACAAUUCAAUUGUCAAAUAAUUUAUCAAUUGUCAAUUCACAUGAAAUAAGAGUGUCAUUAUUUCCUCAAGCAAUAUCAAUACUUUCUACAAUGCCACAUUGGAAAGAUGCAAUGCAGCAGACAAUGGAAUGGCUGCAUUUUAUGAGAACCAGUUGUCUACCAACUUCAUACAAGAGUGCUUAUCACAACUCAUUGAUAUCAUUGAAAAAUCAACGACAUUUGAAUGACUACUGGACAAAAUAUUUUUCCACAAAAGGUCCAAUUGAUUUAUAAUAAAAAUCAAAAUAAAAAUAUA